GUUGCAGUGGUCAGUGUUAUCAGGACUUCAGCGUUUGCUCUGUGUCGAUGAAGUACGUGGUAAGUUGACCUUUGCCCUUAACGUUGACCACUCCUCUCUGAGUGACACUAUAGCCCAGCAUUUGAGCCACCUGUGCCGUUUCCUCCGUCACCUGAGAAGACAACAAACAACACAAACAAACAUGAUUUUGGGAAGUCGUGUUUAUGACGUCAGGUGGCAGUGUCUGAUACACAAUGAUGACAUGAUGGCUCAGCGAUUUACUGCAGAGCAAGUAUCUUACCGCAAUCAAAUAUUAGUGUUAUGGUGGAUCUGGUGAAGAAGCUGUCAGCGAUCAGAACAUUGAUUUUGAAGAUGUUGAAAAUAAUAGUUUUGAGAAUAUGGUUAAGAUCAUAAUUAUAAGCCAGAUGCUGAAUGUACUGGGAAACGAGCUCUGACGAGGACAGCGACAGGCACGCCGUUGACACGGGGGACAGGGGGGUCAGGACCCCCUGCAGUUUUGAAAAGACAGAAAUCGACCCCCGCACUUUUGAUAAGGGCUGCUUCAAUCAGUCACACUAUAUCAUCUUUUAGCUUAGGAUAUUUUCUUUCAAAUGAGACCAUUUUCAUGUUUCUGUGAGCUUUCUUUUGUAAAUAAUCAACUGUUUUGUCACGGAUGUUUCUCCAAACAAUCGAUCAAAGCGUGCUAACGUUUUAGGACAGGUCGAUGGUAUAUAAAUCAUGCCCGAACGUUAGCGUUUGUCAAUCCAGCCAAACCGUCCAUUCAGAAACCGAGAAAUUUGACACUUUAAGGUAAGGAGGCUGAUCUCUCAGGUUGACGCGCGAGCUGGUUUGACUGAAGUUUUAGUGAGGAUAGUUUAGAUAGUUUAUGGACUGUUUUGAUUUUGGUAAUUACAUCUAGAAAGGUAAAAGCAUUGAUGGCAUCUAUAAAAGAGAUAUCUGAAAGCGAAACGAAAGUGAUUAUUGAUUCGACCAGCGACGCACUUGGGAGGGCGCACGAGAGAAGACCUGCACGUUUAAUUGGUAUGUGUAUACUGUAAUAGUGCAUUUACAAUGCUUAUCAGUGGCGUGCACUUUGAUCGCGAAAGUAAAAGUGCCCUUUGCGGUCGCAUCGCGCUGCCCCCGCGUUCCCAUUUCGGAACGCGAUUUCUACCGCGGGAGAAUUAUUUCUAUCAUUUUUGGUGUGUUUUGUGAGAGAGAGAAUUUUAUUGAUGAUGGUGAUUUUAUAAUAAAGUAUAUUUUGGUAUUGAUACGUCUCCAUUUUUCUCUUUGACUUCAAUUGGUAAAACUUACCUGUCUGUCUUUAUUGGGAGUUAUUUCCCUGGCAUCCCACCAGGGUGGCGUAGUCUGGCAAAUUUAAAUUGUGAUUCAUAUUUUCCUUCAUUUGGUAAUGCCACAUCUUGGCGUAGUCGGCAGGGUUUACCUGGUAAGGCAAAGAUUUUCCUAAGUGAGACGUGGGUGAAAUUCUGUGUUUUGAAAUUGGUUGUGAUUUUGUUUUUCUUUCUCCUCAGAACAAAACAGCAGCGUGUGUUUCGACCUCUUGGACAAGUUGUAUUCCUCCAUCAGUGGCCCUUUUCUAUUUUUGGGGUGAGUGUAGUUAUGACAAGUAUGGAGGAAGAGAUGCAGGAGUUGCGAGAAUUAGUGGCACAGUUGAGAGCCGAUAAUGUCCGGUUGCGUCGUGAGUAGGUGCCAGGUGAGUUACCUGGUCCUAGUACUGCACUCUGCAGCAAUGCCUGACCCUCCUCAGCCAGCCGAGACUGAUACUGUUGUGCCGGACCGGUUUGUUUUUGUGCCCAGCAACAGACGGUUUCCAAAAUGUAUUGGCAAAUCCGGCACAGGUAUUGAUGAGUGGGUGGAGGAAACUGAGGCAUGUAUGUGGGCUCGUUAUUUGUCCAAAGCUGACAAAGCAUUCUUUCUCUUCGACCAUUUGGAAGGUGAAGUGCGUGAAGAGAUUAGACACCGUCCCAGUGGGGAACGGGGUGAUCUGGAUAAAAUUAUUGUGAUUUUACGUGAGUUGUAUGAUUGCUCUCAAUCGUAUGUAGCACUCCAAGAAGCCUUUUUCUCCAGGAGGCAGCAAGAUGGGGAAUCUCUGUUAGAGUUUUCCCUGGCCUUGAUGACUCUCCUGGAGAGGGUUAAACAGCAAUUACCCAAUGCUAUUCCUAAUGCUGAAAUUGUAUUGCACGAUCAGUUUGUCGAGUACGUUGCUGAUGGUGCCCUCCGCUGGGAACUGAAGCAAUUGGUUCGCCGCCAGCCCGCCUCUACCCUAUUAGAAAUGCGUGGGGAAGCGAUUAGGUGGGAGCGGGAGGGAAUGCCAGGGAGUGUGAGGGGUAGGAGUCAGUCAGUUUCAAUGCGGCAUCCAGUACGGGGUGCAAGGACAUUCUCAGUCGGAGUUGAAGGAGCUGCGGGAGAUGUUAAAAUCAACAUGUCUGAAUCAAAUCAACUCACUCAGAGUGUUGCCGGCAUGCGGUUUCCUCAGAGUGUUCGCCGGCCCUCCUGUACUGAGGUUUUAAUCUGUCGUCAGUGUGAAAAACCUGGCCAUUUUGCCCGCCAAUGCAAUGGAGAUUGCGUUAUUCCUCCUUCCUCCCUAGCUCGGCAUGAGUCGCCUUCUACGAUGAGGGCUCAACAUACUUUUUUCCUAGCCAACGGAAAACUAGGUCCCGCCGAACUGCAGAGUCACAGUUCGGUAGGGAAAGAUUGUGACUCAGUGACGUUAGGUCCCUUGUCGCAUUUAAUGGCAUCAUGUCCUCACCUCGUUGUUUGUAUGGGAGGGGUACAGGUGAUUAAACAACACACUAUUCUUUUUAAAACAAAAACUAAUGAAUGUCAGUGUAGUGAGAGUGUAGAACAUGUUAAUGAAAUGGAUUGGUAAAAUGGUCUCAAUUUCACAGCAGUCACUGGUAUUAUGAAGAAGAUUGAAAACUAAGGAGAAUUCUGUCCUCCUUUCUCCCCCCAAAACAGGUGUUGGUGUAAUAAAUAUUUACAAUCCUUUUGUUCUGGUCUGUAUAUAAGGUAAAGUGCAAAGCAGUCAUGCGGGAUCAUCUGUA